AUGAGUCGUUCAAUACUUUCUUUUAAAAAAUUAAAUUUACAUAAUUUUAUUACAAAAUGCGUUAAAAGACAUUAUUCAUCAUUAAUUUCAAUUUCAAUAAGGAGACCUUCUUCAGCUUAUUAUUCUUACCCAAAUAAUGAUUUUUUCAAUUCAACAAUAUUAUCAAGGUUACAAUUGAAGAUAAUUUCAUAUUCAACAGAGACAUUAAUAAACCCUAAAAUUCAUGAAAAAUUGGAAGGAUUAAUAAUUCGUCAUUCUUUACUAUCCGAGCAAUUAUCUAAACAAUUAUCAUCGAAUGAUGAUCCAGAUUGCUUGGCAAAAAUCUUUAAAGAAUUAUCGGAUUUAAGUGAGAUAACCGAUCCUUAUAAUGAGUUAAGAAAAGCACAAGGUGUAGAACUUGAAGAGAUUAAUACAAUAUUACAAGAAACAACAACAACUAAAGAAGAAGAAUUAAAAGUACUUGUACAAGAGGAACAUCAAGAAUAUUUAAAAAAAAUAAAACUACUUGAACAAGAAGUAGUACAAGCAUUAUUACCAAAAGAUCUAGCUGAUGAAGGAAGUGCAGUGAUUGAACUUCGAGCUGGAACCGGAGGAGAUGAAGCCGCGUUAUUUGUCAAUGACAUAUUAAAAAUGUAUGAACGAUAUGCGGAGUUACGUAAAUGGAAAUUUGAAAUCCUAUCCAAAUCGGAAGAUCAUAAUGGAGCUGUUAAAGAAGUUGUAGCUACAAUAUCAGGUAAAGGAGUAUUCGGUAAUAUGAAAUUUGAAUCAGGGGUUCACAGAGUACAAAGAAUUCCUGUAACGGAGAAAGCUGGUCGAGUGCAUACAAGCACAAUCACAGUUGCCAUUUUACCAGUUCCAUCUGAGACCGAUGUAAAAUUUAAAGAUUCGGAUUUACGCAUAGAUUAUUAUAGGUCAAGUGGUAAAGGAGGACAACAUGUCAAUACAACGUCAAGUGCUGUUAGAAUAACUCAUAUUCCAAGUGGUAUUGUAGUGGCUAUACAAGAUGAAAGAUCUCAACCAAAAAAUAAAGCGAAGGCAUUACAAAUUCUGCAAGCAAGAAUAUAUGAUAUGGAACGAAAAAAAUUACAAGACGAAAGAAGAGAAAAUAGAAGGAAACAGGUUGGAUCUGGUGAAAGAUCUGAAAAAAUAAGAACUUAUAAUUUUGCACAAAAUAGGGUAACUGAUCAUAGAAUUAAUUUAACAUUAUAUGAAUUAAAUAAUAUAUUAAAUGGUGAAUCAUUACAAGUUAUUAUAAAUGGACUUAAAGUACAUUCUCAAAUUGAAAUAUUACAAAAUAAUGAUAUUUAA